CUUUUUUUCCGUGGGUCCCUUAAGAUAUACUCGGUAUACAAUAAAAUGAAUUCACACGGAUAGGGUGGUCAGUUGCAAGGAGUAUGAGCGAGGAAGACAAUGGACGAAGAGCUUAGUUACCAAAUCCAACAGAUACGGCAGAUCGAAUCAGAGGAAUUGCUUGUUGAGGAAGUCGACGGUGAAACAUCAGAGGAUGACGAUAACGUUUUGAGGGAACCAACUUCACCGAGUGACCUCAAUUACGACACCUCUUUGGCUGCAUUGCAUUCAUAUCUUGGUGAUAUUGAAGACACACAUAAUAGGUUAUCCUUCUUGGAUGGUGGAGCAGUGAUAGUUGUUCCUUUAUUAUAUCUUAAAGGAGUCGUUUUAUUUCCUGAAGCUACUCUUCCUUUGCGAGUAGUUCAGUCUAAUUUUGUAGCGGCUAUUGAAAAAGCCUUGCGACAUAGUAAUGGUUAUUAUACUAUUGGUGUGAUUCGAGUUCAAAAGGAUCCUCAUAAUUUGAGGAUAAAAUUUGCUACAACUGGGACAACUGCUGAGAUUCGGCAAUAUCGGCGGUUGGAAGAUGGUUCAGUGAAUCUAAUUACCCGUGGCCAGCAGCGUUUUCGUCUGAGACGCCACUUCAUAGAUGUGGACGGAUCGCCUUGUGGAGAAGUUCAAAUCAUCCAAGAAGACGUUCCAUUAAGGACGCCUCGAGAUACUGUUGGGAGAUUGACACCAUUGCGAAGAUUCCGAGCUUUGUCCACUGUGCCAUUGGAAACAAAAUCAUUAAAUAUUUUUCAAACAGAGCAUUAUGGGUGUGUAAGUGGGACUAAUGAUGAUGAUAAGGUUGAUGAAGUAGUGGAUAUCCACUUGGAAAGAAGUCGCCUGCAUGAUUUUAUAGGGUCGUUGCAUACACGACGCGAGGAAAAGCAUAUGCAUCCUAAUCAGGGAGUUGGAAAAAUAUCCGUUUCAGAUAGGCCAUCUUGUGAAGACAAUGGAUGGAAAAAUCAUGCCAUUAGCCAGACGUGUGAUGUUUCCAGGGCUUAUUUGCCCAAUUGGGUGUAUCAGAUGUAUGAUUCAUUUACUCUUGCUCAGAAGGUAGCAGAACAGUGGAAACAGAUAUUUAAGGUGCCAAGCAUGGAUGCAUUUGUAAUGAAGCCAGAUCUGUUAUCAUUUCAUAUUGCCAGUAAAAUUCCUGUAUCGGAAUCAAUUAGGCAGGAACUUCUUGAUAUUGAUGGGAUCUCUUAUAGGUUGCGACGAGAAACUAAAUUACUUGAGAGCCUUGAUCGUAUACGGUGCAAGACUUGUAAAACUCUGAUCGCUAGGCGAAGUAAUAUGUUGGUAAUGUCUAGAGAAGGUCCUCUUGGGGCAUAUGCAAAUCCACAUGGUCAUGUGCACGAGAUAAUGACCCUUCUUAAAGCACAUGAGUUAGCAGUCAUUGGGAAUCCGGUGCGGGAAUAUAGCUGGUUUCCUGGGUAUGGCUGGUCAAUCGCAGAAUGUGCUAGAUGUGGAUGCCAGAUGGGGUGGCUUUUUACUGCUACAAAUUCGAAAUUGAAGCCCAGAUCAUUUUGGGGCAUUAGGUGUUCCCAACUUGCUGACACCACUUAGGCUAAACCCAUGGAGUCAUGACGGUGAUGAUUUUGAUAAGCUAGAAAUUUGUACAUAAUUUGGGUGUGAUUAUAUUUUGGGGGAAUGGUCUUCACACACCAUUUGUAAUCCAAGUUUGUGUAUACAUCUUAUUUGCAAAAUCAUUAAUAUUCGCAUACCCAAAAUUACAAAACAAUUUGGACGUGAAUUCCCAAUUCCCCCUUUUGUUGUUGUUACAACUAGUAUUCUCACUUGUGUGAUGCUCGUUCGAAAUAAAGAACCUUGUAUUAAUUAGUACAAA